CUCGUAUCUUGAAAUUCAUUGAGUAAUGAGUCUCAGUCGAGUGGCAGAGAUGAACGAGGAACCGCAUGCCCAUGAAAAGCUUGUGGCGAAGGCAACCCGGCGUGAUCCUGAAACUGCCAGCAGUAGCAGCGCAGAGAGCCACCAAAAUGGAGAGCCUUCCGCCAUCAGGGAGCCAUCAGUCGCCCAGUCACCGCUGACCAUCUAUCUGCUGGAGCCCUUCAUUUUGAUUCUGCUCUUUGCCUACAAUUUUUCGUCCACCGUUUUGAAGAGUCAAAUCAUCUAUCAGAGCUGCACGUCGGGAUUUGGAUACUCGAAUGAGGUCUGCCUGCUCCUAGGCACCAAGAAUGCCACAAACGAGACGAAGAGAAUCGAAGAGGUAGUGCAGCCGUACGCAGCUCGAGUCGUUGUGGUCAUGAGGAUUGUGGAGUGCAUUAUUCCGGCAUUCUGCGGCCUCUUCGCUGGCGCCUGGGCAGAUCGCUACGGACGCAAGCCGCUCUUGAUGUGCUCCUUUCUGGGCUACGGCCUGCAGUAUUUGAUUUCAGCUGGCGUUGCCUAUGCAGCCAUGCAGACAGGUGGCAUGGUUAGCCCUUGGUGGUACGUGCUCUCGAUUGUGCCUCUAUCGUGUCUGGGCAGCAGUGUCACCUACUCCGUGGCCGCCGUGUGCUUCCUAGGAGACGUGUCCGAGGGAAAGGCUCGCUCAUACAGGAUGAUUGCCUACGAGCUGGCCAUUUAUGUGGGUCUCCUGCUGGGCAGCUUUGGCUCUGGCUACGCUUAUGAGGCUACCAAUGCUUACGUUGUGCUGUGCAUAUCCGCCUGCUCCAUUCUCGUUGCCCUCUUCCUGAUGAUCGCUCUGCUGCCAGAGAGUCUGCCCAGAAGUGAGCAAAACGCUGCGACACCAGACAGAGAUGUGCUUGCCCUGCUGAAGGAUUUGUGGAGCACUUGCAGCAGACACCGCGCCCACAAAGAUCGCUCUAUUGUGUUCCUAGUUAUGUCUGUCCUGCUGCUGGCAGCCUUCGUCUCCGAUGGCAGCAACUCGGUGUUCUACAUGUUCAUGAGAGCCAAGUUCCAUUGGACUGUGAAGGAGUUUACCGAAUACGAAUCGGUGAGCAUCCUGGUGCCUGCUGUGGCUGGCUCUGGCGGCAUGCUGUUCAUUUGGUCCCUGCGUCAGUGCACCAGCUCGUCGGUUCUCUGGCUGGCCAUUGUCUCUCUCCUGAGUCACUCGUCCAGCAGCCUGAUGAAGUCCUGGGCCACGGUUAGCUGGCAAAUCUACGUAGCCAUUGCUUUGGGCGUAUUCAAGUCUCUGGUGAAUCCCAUGUGCCGGACCAUAAUCACCAAUCUCCUGCCAGCCGCAGAGCGAGGGAAAAUCUUUGCUCUGCUGGGCAUUCUGCAGACACUCUCUCCGCUGAUAUCCUCGAGCCUGUACUUUGCCAUCUACACGCGCACAUUGGACACGGAUCCGGGCACAUUCAAUCUGCUCAGUGCCUGCCUCUACGGCCUUGGGAUGGUCCUCCUCGUUGCGGUGUGGCAUAAAAAGUCUACAAAUCGGGCGUACUACGAGCCGGUAUUCAGGUGAAUCAACAAAUCUCUGCAAAUAAAAACAAAGUCUGCCAGUCAUUGCCAAACUUUCGAAUACAAAAUCCCCCCAUCAAUUCAUACUUAUUUACAUAUUCGAGCUGAGCAAUUGAAAAUGUGUUAAUUCUCGACUCUGUUGCUGCGGUGGAAAAUUUGUAAAGAUUUUCCCAUUGACCAAAAAAUGUGCGCGGAGUCCGCUGACGGAUCUUUAAAAAUAUUAAGCAUAUGUGAACAUACAUACAUUUAUUUAUUUAUUUGCACGUACAGUGUGCAGAAUAUAGCAUCGGAACACCCCAACGAUUGGUUUGGUGCUAACUCAUUCGAUGCUAAUUUCGCUUGCUGCUAAUUUGAAAUUAGUCGCCAAGUUUUUUACACCCUUGAUUAAGAUCGGUUGAGCGCCUAACCAAAGCCAACUGUACAAAUGAAAUUCAAAUAAAAUGAUGCCUCAACAGAGCGUAGCGAAAAAUCUGAUAUUCUACAUGGCGAACAUCAUUGCCAGCAAAUUAGUUAAAAUUAAUAUUUAACAAUCGUCCAAAGCUGAUGGCCAGAAACAACUGGCCACAGAUAUAACGAUCACGAGGCACCCGCUAGUCGGCA